AUGUCGCUAGCUGUCGCCCGCCGCUUCGCAUCCGGAGUCUUCUCCAAGCCCUCUUUCACGCCUACCUCCCUUGCACGACUAUCCGGUCCCCAGCGCUUGUCCAGCACCGCCCCAAAGUCGUCGCCGCCCCAGCGCCCGUCGUCCGCGCCGCAGAACGACCGCUCGCAGUUCAAGAUCCUGCCGAUUCUCACCAUCAUUGCCAUCGGCUCAGGCUCAUAUAUUUUCCUGGUGAAGUCUCGUACCGGCCAGGCACCGCAACGCUCAAACUAG